AUGGGCUUCGUCUACCAUAGCUAUGAGACAGAUCGGGAUUUUCAUCCUACAUGCGUUAAUUUGGAGAAUGAAAUUAAAAUUGAAGAUGUCACAUUUAGGCUUGAGAAGCAAGGAACAUCUAGUUGUGCGUGGUGCAAAAGGAAGUUGGUCAAAGGUGCUGUUAAGAAGAUUCCAGGUUGGUCAAAUGUAUCCGAAGAGGAUCAUGACUACAAUUUCCAUGUCUAUUGUGUGAUGGAAAUGGCCAUGCAAGGCUCUUCUUCUAAUGAAGUUUUUGGGAAAACCAUGUCUUUAACAUUGCAAGGAAAAGGAAAUGAGCUGCCUAUUAAAACUAAGUCCAAGAAAAUUUCUAAAAGCAACAAAUGGUUGAGAAUCCUCAAGCUUUUUGUAGGAACUGUUUUCUCCAUUCUGCUUGGAGAUCCUACCACUAUUAUUGCCUCUACCAUGGCUCAUUUGGUUAUUGUAGGACUUUUCCACAACACGGGAUAA